AAACAAACGUAUUUAAUCGAACCAUUUUUUUCUUCAUAUGGCCGAUGAAUUCAAUUAUUGCACUAACUUAAUGUGUUAGGGUUUAAUAAAUUUUGAGUUUAUUAUAAAUUAUUGUAAGCAUUUACAUUAUAAAAUCAAAAAGAUCAGCUUGCUUUGAUUAAAAAAUAUUUCUUCAGUAAAGUUUGUUAGAGUUAUUAUAAAAACAAUAAAAAGAAAUCUUCGCAGUUUCUGCGAAAAAAAAAGUCAUCCAAAAUUUUAUUGCAAAUUUCGGCAAAAAAAUAGAAAAAAAAGUUUUUUUCCUAAUUAUAAAAGCUUUAAAUAUUAUUAACAAUUAAUCUGUUAAAAUUGUUAACAGUUUAUAUCUUUUACUGUUAAAAUAAAGAUGAAGAAACCACUGCGUGUGAAGAUGAUAACUAUCGGCGACCCAGAGGUGGGCAAGAGUUGCAUCAUCAAACGCUACUGCGAGAAGAGAUUCGUCAGCAAGUACCUGAUGACCAUCGGGAUAGACUACGGAGUCACCAAGAGUGUCACAAAUGGCAGAGCGACCAAACUCAAUAUAUUUGACAUGUCCGGUCAUCCCGCCUUUUACGAAGUACGGCGCGAGUUUUACCCCGACACGAACUGCAUUCUACUAAUUUUUGAUUCGUCCAGCAAAGACUCGUUUCGGAAUCUCGACUCUUGGUACGAGGAAGCUAAGCGAGAAAUAGGCGGCGACUCGAACUUAUCGAAAGUGCAGUGUAUACUAUGUGCGAAUAAAAUUGACAAGAAUCGAAAUGUUCCCGCGGUCGAUGGUAAGAAUUGGGCGGCUAUUCAUGGUUUUAUGUACGCAGAAUGUUCCGCUUUUGACGGUACAGGUGUGAACGAGUUAUUCGAUCUAGUUUUUUCAACUGCAACUGAGGCAUUCGAAAAUGGAGGCAAACUAGCUUCAAAACCCCCCGCGAAUUCGGUGGGAUAUUCGAAAGAAGAUUUGGAAACAGUUGAGAAAAUAAUAUCAGCAAGUGAUAACUUCGAACGACUUGGUUUAAACUCAUACAAAACUACUGAAGAUGAUGUGAAGAAAGCCUACCGGAAAUUAGCCGGUGUUGUUCACCCGGACAAAUGUGCCGCACCCAGAUCAGAAGAAGCAUUCAAACUACUAAAUCAGGCUAAAGUUUCCCUGUUAUCAAGACUAGACACAAAAUAAUUCAAACUAUUUUUGAGAUCAGUAAAUUUUACUCUGAUUUAACGUGCCCAUUGCAGAAUAAGAUGUAAUGAAAAAAAUAUUGGCAAUUUUUAAAAA